AUGCCUGGCCGACCGAGUCCCCGCAGUCCUGCUUGGCUGCUGCGUCCCCUCCUCCUACUCCUCUGCGCUCUGGCGCCCGGCGCCCUCGGACCCGCACCAGGGCGCGCAACCGAAGGCUGGGCAGCCGUGGACAUCGUACACCCAGUGCGUGUGGACGCUGGGGGCUCCUUCCUGUCCUAUGAUCUGUGGCCACGUGCGUUGCGCAAGCGGGAUGUGUCCKCGCGCAGCGAUGUGCCCUCCUUCUACGAGCUUCAGUACCGCGGACGCGAGCUGCGCUUCAACCUGACUGCCAACCCAUACCUCCUGGCUCCCAGCUUCGUCAGUGAGACGCGGAGGCUGGGCGGCCUGGGUCGCUCGCACAUCCGGACCCAUGUCCAGGCCUGCCACCUGCUUGGGGAGGUGCAGGACCCAGAGCUUGAGGGCGGCCUGGCGGCCAUCAGCGCCUGCGAUGGCUUGAAAGGUGUGUUCCAGCUCUCCAACGAGGACUACUUCAUUGAGCCCCUGGAAGGUGUUCCAGCCCGGCCUGGCCACGCCCAGCCCCAUGUGGUAUACAAGCGCCAAGCCCCAGAGAGGCAAGCUGAACAGGGUGACUCCAGGGCUCCAGGCACCUGUGGGGUACAAGUGUCCCCGGAGCUGGAGCCUCGUCGUGAUCGUUGGGAGCAGCGGCAUCAGUGGCAGCGGCAUCGACCGAGGCGGCUGCACCAGCGCUCUGUCAGCAAAGAGAAGUGGGUGGAGACCCUGGUGGUAGCUGAUGCCAAAAUGGUGGAGUACCACGGGCAGCCGCAAGUGGAGAGCUACGUGCUGACCAUCAUGAACAUGGUGGCCGGCUUGUUUCACCACCCCAGCAUUGGGAAUCCCAUCCACAUCACCAUUGUGCGCCUGAUCCUGCUAGAAAAUGAGGAGGAGGACUUGAAGAUCACACACCAUGCAGACAACACCYUGAGGAGCUUCUGCAAGUGGCAGAAAAGCAUCAACAUGAAGGGGGAUUCCCACCCCCUGCAUCACGACACUGCCAUACUGCUUACCAGGAAGGACUUGUGUGCAGCCAUGAACCAUCCUUGUGAAACCCUGGGCCUGUCUCAUGUGGCAGGCAUGUGCCAGCCACACCGCAGCUGCAACAUCAAUGAGGACACUGGCCUCCCUCUGGCCUUCACCGUGGCCCACGAGCUCGGACACAGUUUUGGCAUUCAGCAUGACGGAAACGGCAAUGACUGCGAGCCCAUUGGGAAACAGCCUUUCAUCAUGUCUCCACAGCUCCUGUACGACGCAGCUCCGCUCACCUGGUCUCGCUGCAGCCGCGAGUACAUCACCAGGUUCCUCGAUCGUGGGUGGGGCCUGUGCCUGGACGACCCUCCUGCCGAUGAUGUCGUCAACUUCCCCUCAGUGCCACCUGGUGUCCUCUAUGAUGUGAACCACCAGUGCCGUCUUCAAUAUGGGGCCUACUCUGCUUUCUGUGAUGGCAUGGAUAAUGUCUGCCACACUCUCUGGUGCUCUGUGGGGACCACCUGUCACUCUAAGCUGGAUGCAGCUGUGGACGGCACCAGGUGUGGGGAAAACAAGUGGUGUCUCAAUGGGGAGUGUGUCCCCAUGAGCUUCCGGCCCAAGGCUGUGGAUGGUGGCUGGUCCGGCUGGAGCGCCUGGUCUGUCUGCUCACGGAGCUGUGGCAUGGGUGUGCAGAGCGCUGAGCGGCAAUGCACACAGCCCACGCCCAGAUACAAGGGCAAGUACUGUGUGGGUGAGCGGAAGCGCUUCCGGCUCUGCAACCUUCAGGCCUGUCCCCCCGGCCGCCCCUCCUUCCGCCACAUCCAGUGCAGCCACUUUGACGCUAUGCUGUACAAGGGUCAGCUGCACACAUGGGUGCCUGUGAUCAAUGACGUGAACCCCUGUGAACUGCAUUGCCGGCCCUCGAACGAGUACUUUGCUGAGAAGCUGCGGGACGCUGUGGUUGAUGGCACUCCCUGCUACCAGGGCCAGGCCAGCCGUGACCUCUGCAUCAACGGCAUCUGCAAGAAUGUGGGCUGUGACUUCGAGAUUGACUCGGGUGCUGUGGAGGACCGCUGUGGUGUGUGCCAUGGCAAYGGCUCCACCUGUCACACCGUGAGCGGGACCUUCGAGGAGGCUGAGGGACUGGGCUACGUGGAUGUGGGGCUGAUCCCGGCCGGUGCUCGUGAGAUCCUCAUCGAGGAGGUGGCCGAGGCUGCCAACUUCCUGGCCCUGCGGAGCGAGGACCCGGAUAAGUACUUCCUCAACGGUGGCUGGACCAUCCAGUGGAAUGGGGACUACGAGGUGGCAGGCACCACCUUCACAUAUGCUCGCAUGGGCAACCGGGAGAACCUCACAUCCCCAGGUCCCACCAGUGAGCCUAUCUGGAUCCAGCUACUGUUCCAGGAAAGCAACCCCGGGGUGCGCUAUGAGUACACCAUCCACAGGGAGGCCUAUGACCAGAGUGAGGUGCUGCCGCCUGAGUUCUCCUGGCACUAUGGGCCCUGGAGCAAGUGCACAGUCACCUGUGGCUCAGGUGUGCAGAGGCAGAGUGUGUACUGCAUGGAGCGUCAAGCAGGACUUGUGGAUGAGGGACACUGUGACCCCCUGAGUCGGCCUGAUGACCGCCAAAGGAAGUGUAAYGAGGAACUCUGCCCUGCCAGGUGGUGGGUAGGGGAGUGGCAACUCUGCUCCCACUCCUGUGGGCCUCAAGGCCUCUCCCGCAGGGCUGUGCUCUGCCUUCGCAGCGUGGGGCUGGAUGAACAGAGGGCUCUGGAACCUUCUGCCUGUGAACAUCUUCCCCAGCCCCCUGCAGUAACCUCAUGCAACCACCACGUGCCCUGUCCUGCCACCUGGGCUGUAGGGCACUGGUCUCAGUGUUCAGUGACAUGUGGAGUUGGCACUCAGCACCGAAGUAUCCUCUGCACUAAUGACACUGGUGUCCCCUGUGAUGAGGCCCAGCGACCAGCAGGUGAAGCCACCUGCUCUCUACCACCCUGCCCGCAGUCUCUGAAGGCACUGGGCCCUGAAGGCUCUGGCAGUGGUUCCUCCAGCCCUGAGCUCUUCAGUGAGGUUAACUUCAUCCCACAUCACCCAGCCCCACGCUCUUUGCCCACCUCCUCACCCAAGCCAGCAGGCAUGGGCAAUGCCAUCCAAGAGGAAGACCUGAAGCUGGACUUGCCGGGACCUGUGUUUGUGGAUGACUUCUACUAUGACUACAAUUUCAUUAAUUUCCACGAGGACCUGUCUUAUGGGCCCUUUGAGAAGUCCAACCCAGACCUGGGGGGCACAGGGGAUUGGAUGCCCCCACCCCAGAGCUCUCSUGCUGAGCCUCCUACCAAUUCUCCYUUGCCCAUCACAGAGCCUCCUGGAUCCAAGGAAGAGGAGUUUCAGGAAGCUUGGUCCCCUGGCUCUUGGCCCAGCCAGGCUGGCCACUCCCCAACCCCACCCUUGGAGCAGAACCCUGGGAAUCCCUUGGUCAAUUUCUUGUCUCAGGAAGAUGCUCCUGGCAGGGCUCCUGACCUUGGGAUCCCCAUCUUGACCAGAUCCCCUGCUUUAGUCAAAGAUACGAAGACGCCUACUGCCCCUGGGAGCCCAAAUGAGUUCCUAGUUGGGGAGGACAGCCAGAACCAGCCACCCCCUCCAUGGUGGGACGGGACCAAUGAGAUUUCCAAGGACAAGGAGGAAACUACAGGCCACAGAGCACCUCACCUGCCCCAAAGCCCCAGCUCCAUGCAACCCCCAUUGCCCUCCAUUGACACUACCCAUGCCUCUCCUAGCACUGACAUGGUGGAGCUGUGGACAGGAGGAACUGUGGCCUGGGGCCCUGCUCUGGAGGGUGACUUAGGACCUGUGCACAGACAGCCAUGGCCCACUGUGGGGGUGGAUCCUCCCCUUCCUCCUCCCAUGGCCACCAUGCCAGGGAUCUGGAGCAGGGACACCCCCCUGGAGCUGGGAACUCCUACGUUUUCAACCCCAGGAUCAGGCUCAAGGGACCUGCAGACUCUGGCAGUGCCAGGGACCUUCCUUCCAGUAGUGCCUACUGACCUAGGGCACAAGCCUUGGGUGCCUGUCCUGAACCCAGGACCCUCAGACCAACCUGAGAUCUCUAGCCCUGAGGUGCCCCUGAACCCUGCACUGCUGCCCAUACCAACUCAGGACAGUCCUGUGGACAGCAGCAGAGCCCCCGAGGCCCAGCCUCUGGAGCCUACCGUGGCCGAGGAGGGGUCCCCCGCAGGCCUGAUGCCCACCAGGAAUGCCAGCUGGCAAGUGGGAAACUGGAGCCAGUGCUCCACCACCUGCGGCCUGGGUGCCGUCUGGAGGCUGGUGCACUGCAGCUCUGGCCGGGACGAGGACUGCGCCCCUGCUGGUCGGCCCCAGCCUGCACGCCGCUGCCACCUGCGGCCCUGUGCUGCCUGGCACACGGGCAACUGGAGCAAGUGCUCCCGAAGCUGUGGUGGAGGUUCCUCAGUGCGGGACGUGCAGUGUGUGGAUACACGGGACCUCCGGCCGCUACGGCCCUUCCACUGCCAGCCUGGGCCUGCCAAGCCACCCACCCGCCAGCCCUGUGGGGCCCAGCCCUGCCUCAGCUGGUACACCUCUUCCUGGAGGGAGUGCUCUGAGGCCUGUGGUGGUGGAGAACAGCAGCGUCUGGUGACUUGCCCAGAGCCAGGCCUCUGUGAGGAAGCKCUGAGACCCAACUCCACAAGGCCGUGUAACACCCACCCCUGCACACAGUGGGUGGUGGGGCCCUGGGGCCAGUGCUCGGCCCCCUGUGGCGGUGGUGUCCAGCGGCGCCUAGUCAAGUGUGUCAAUACCCAGACGGGACUGCCUGAAGAAGACAGUGACAAGUGUGGCCAUGAAGCCUGGCCUGAGAGCUCCCGGCCCUGUGGCACCGAGGAUUGUGAGCUGGUCGAGCCUCCACGCUGCGAGCGGGAUCGCUUGUCCUUUGGUUUCUGUGAGACCCUGCGCCUGCUGGGCCGCUGCCAGCUGCCCACCAUCCGUGCCCAAUGCUGCCGUUCCUGUCCUCCACUUGGCCCCUCCCGAGGUCAUCAGCGGGUGGCAUGAUGCUGACCUGAGCCUCGACCCGCACCGCGCACCAGGAUGCACAGACAGACCACGCACAGACCUCAGCGCCCCGUGUCGGGCUGUGUCAAGAGCCCCGUCCCUCGCGCCCUAAUGGUGCUAUUCCUGACCCCUAGUCCUCAGCAGCACGCUGGGGACUCCCCUU